GGAGGGGAGGGCCGGGAGCCGAGCCUCCUGUUCAUUAGCAGUUGAGAAAAAUUCCUUUCUAGUUUGAUCAAUCCUUGUUUUCCUCGGCAGAGCCGGGGCGCCCGCCCAGCGCGGAGACUGAGAGCGAGGUCUCUCGCGGCGGGGGCGCCCGGCGCCGGGCCUCGGGGGAGCGCAGAAGUAGCGACGAGGGGGUCAGGCCGGAGCACCGACGGGGCUUCUUCUCCCUCCCUUUCUGGUUGGCUUUUUUUUUUCCACUUCUCUCCCUCCCCCUUCCGUUUCUAUUUGUGAAGGGAGGAGGAAGGCAGAGGCGGGCUGGUGUCUCUGGCCGGGGACUGGAAUUUCAUCUGAAUGACUGCCCCUGCGCUCACGCAGUGCCCCGGAGUCGGCCCGCCUGCGCCCCGCAGCCCGCACCCGCAGACGGCUGGCCAGCCGGGGGGCGCCCGCGCCGCGGCCCGGGGACCGGCUUGCCUCGCCCGCCUCGUCCGGAUCUAGCAGUCCUUGGCGCGGCCGCACUCGCUUCUCCGGCCUCUCAGACCCUGGACGAGGCGAGGGAGGCGCAGCGCCGGCGAGCCAGGAGAGAGCCACCAUUGCCGCUGCCGUCGCUGGAAGAAGUGUGCGGCUCCCGGGCUCUGUCCGCCUUGGGGCGCGCCCCAAUGUCAGCCUCGGGGCCGAGUGCAGGCCGUGGGCCGCCGCUGCCCUAGCCGCGCCGACCGGGAGGCGGCCUCUUAUAUGGAAUUUGGACCCCGGCACUCCCCUCCAGGGCUGGUGCCCCGGCCGCGGCCCUGGCGCAGUCCGCCGUCUCCCGCUAGGCGCUCGGGAGGAGGAGGAGGAGACGCAGCCGGCUGCGCGCGCUGCGUGAGGACCGAGGCUCCCUCCUCUGGGGGGCGGGUGCGCGGAAGGCGCUGGUGACUGAGCGACUCUCGGGGCCGCCGGGGCCCGGAGCUCGGGGCUUUGGUGGGCCUGUAGUGGCACCGGACGGACCCCCAGGGUUGGGGAGUUGGGGAGACCUGCCCGGGCCCUCUGCCCGCAGCCGCUAUGGCGGAGAAUUGGAAGAACUGCUUCGAGGAGGAGCUCAUCUGCCCCAUCUGCCUCCAUGUCUUCGUGGAGCCGGUGCAAUUGCCGUGCAAACACAACUUCUGUCGGGGCUGCAUUGGCGAGGCGUGGGCCAAGGACAGCGGCCUGGUGCGCUGCCCAGAGUGCAACCAGGCCUACAACCAGAAGCCGGGCCUGGAGAAGAACCUGAAGCUCACCAACAUCGUGGAGAAGUUCAACGCCCUGCACGUGGAGAAGCCGCCGGCGGCGCUGCACUGCGUGUUCUGCCGCCGUGGCCCCCCGCUGCCGGCGCAGAAGGUCUGCCUGCGCUGCGAGGCUCCCUGCUGCCAGUCCCACGUGCAGACGCACCUGCAGCAGCCCUCCACCGCCCGCGGGCACCUCCUGGUGGAGGCGGACGACGUGCGGGCCUGGAGCUGCCCGCAACACAACGCCUACCGCCUUUACCACUGCGAGGCCGAGCAGGUGGCCGUGUGCCAGUACUGCUGCUACUACAGCGGUGCGCAUCAGGGACACUCGGUGUGCGACGUGGAGAUCCGGAGGAAUGAGAUCCGGAAGAUGCUGAUGAAGCAGCAGGACCGGCUGGAGGAGCGAGAGCAGGACAUUGAGGACCAACUGUACAAACUCGAGUCAGACAAGCGCCUGGUGGAGGAGAAGGUGAGCCAGCUGAAGGAGGAAGUGCGGCUGCAGUACGAGAAGCUGCACCAGCUGCUGGAUGAGGACCUGCGGCAGACGGUGGAGGUCCUGGACAAGGCCCAGGCCAAGUUCUGCAGCGAGAACGCAGCGCAGGCGCUGCAUCUCGGGGAGCGCAUGCAGGAGGCCAAGAAGCUGCUGGGCUCCCUGCAGCUGCUCUUCGACAAGACGGAGGACGUCAGCUUCAUGAAGAACACCAAGUCUGUGAAAAUCCUAAUGGACAGGACCCAGACCUGCACAGGCAGCAGCCUUUCUCCCCCUAAGAUCGGCCACUUGAACUCCAAGCUCUUCCUGAACGAGGUGGCCAAGAAGGAGAAGCAGCUACGGAAGAUGCUAGAAGGCCCCUUCAGCACACCGGUGCCCUUCCUGCAGAGCGUCCCCCUGUACCCUUGUGGUGUGAGCAGCUCUGGGGCGGAAAAGCGCAAGCACUCGACGGCCUUCCCUGAGGCCAGUUUCCUAGAGACGUCGUCGGGCCCCGUGGGCAGCCAGUAUGGGGCAGCGAGCACAGCCAGCGGCGAGGGCCAGUCAGGGCAGCCCCUGGGCCCCUGCAGCUCCACGCAGCACUUGGUGGCCCUGCCGGGCGGCGCCCAACCAGUGCACUCAAGUCCUGUGUUCCCCCCAUCGCAGUAUCCCAAUGGCUCCGCCGCCCAGCAGCCCAUGCUCCCCCAGUAUGGGGGCCGCAAGAUUCUCGUCUGUUCUGUGGACAACUGUUACUGUUCUUCCGUGGCCAACCAUGGCGGCCACCAGCCCUACCCCCGCUCCGGCCACUUCCCCUGGACAGUGCCCUCACAGGAGUACUCACACGCGCUCCCGCCCACACCUUCCGUCCCCCAGUCCCUUCCCAGCCUGGCGGUCAGAGACUGGCUCGACGCCUCCCAGCAGCCUGGCCACCAGGAUUUCUACAGGGUGUACGGGCAGCCGUCCACCAAACACUACGUGACGAGCUAACGCUACGCGGGCGGUGGGGCGCUGGGGAGUCUCCCCCCUCAGCCCCCAGUGGCUCGGGAAUGACGCAUCCAGAGACCUGCCCUUCUACCUUCCUGUCCUCCCUCCCUUCCUCCUUCAUUUCCCCAAGUCUUUUCCUUUUGGAUUUUGUUUUGUUUGGGGCUUGUUUUGAUUUUUUUUUUAUUACGAAUCUCCUGGACUCUGAGGUGACAGUGGGAGCUGGCCUGGGCCGGGGCUGCAGGUGGCUCUGGAGUUGGGAAAGCGUCUACCUCAAGGCGCUGAGCUCUCUCUCUGUCUCUCCUUUUUUCUUCCACUCCUUCCCCUACCCACCCCCGUGGCUGGAAGGAGCCUCAGCUUCCCCUAAAGCCUUGGGGGUAGGGGCAGUUUCCAACCCUCCUCAGCCAGCCCUGGGAGGAGGGACCAGUGCCCACUGGCCUGCUUCUCCUCUUCUUUUUCUUUUGGGCAGUUUGAUCACUGACUAAAUAAGGAAUGACCUGUAGAUUGUGGGGCUUUUUUUUUUUUAAUUUUUUUUAAAACCAAGAAUGAUUUCUCCUGCUUCCUUCUCACCAUCCUCCCAGACGGAGUUCAAAGGCCACUUCUCAAGCAGCUUUUGGCACCUUCAGCCUCAGAAUGGAAUCUUAAAGACAGGAACCCCCAUGUCCAGGAAAGGGGAAAGGAACCUUGCCAAUGAUAGUGACCACAGCAGAAGCAAAUAAUAAUAAUAUUAAUAAUAAUAAAGAGAAAUAAAAGAAAUAAUAAAAAAAAAAAACCAUAGCACAGCCCUUGUUGAGGUCAGCGGGAGAGGAGGGGCUGCCGGGAGUUGGGUCCUUGCCUGGAUUUUGACACAGCGACUUCCUGUAGUGAGCACUUUGUAUGAAUCGUGGACUUCCUGUUCUCAAGGCGCAGGUAUUUAUUCUGUAAUCUGUCUAGAGCACACACCGAAAUCCAACCUUCUAAUAAACAUAAUGGCGCAGUCCCA